AUGACAGCUAGAACUUCCGCUACGGAUGCCACAAAGACAGUCACUACUGUAGAAACUACGACCAAAUCUUCAAGUGAAACGGCAGAGAUUACAAGCAUUUCUACAAGUCCAGCCCCUACUGAAACAACAACAGACAGCAUCACAACGACGGUUUCCACUCUCGGAAUUACAACGACUGCCAGCACUGCAGCAAUAAAGACCACUCCUUCUUCAGACACUAAAGAAACUAAGAGCACUGCAACAAAGGUUUUCACCAGUCAUGCCGAAAAAACCGGCACUACAGAAACACCAACCACUUCUUCAACAGAGACUGCAAGGACAACCACCACAGUGAGAACAACGACCAAAACCCCUACUGAAACCUCAAGCAUUUCCACUACUGCUACCGAAACACUAAGCAAAACACCCACAGAAGUCACGAGAAGUUACGAAGCGUAG